AACAGCAGGCAUCACUCUCCUCCCCCCUCAAUAAAAAAGACGACUCCCCAAUAUACAAAGAUCAAGAGGAAAAAAACCAUAAGAAAUAAAUACUCCCCACCGCUCUAGCUCCCGCUCCCUUGCCGGGAGCCCCCUAAGAAUGCCCCGCUCUGCUGUUCCUGCUUCCUCCGUCGAUUCCGAGGUCUCGCUGUCACUGCUUGUCUCUCUGAUUAUCGCGGGUGUUUUCGUCGUCUACAACUUUCUUUAUGAACUAGUUGGGCUUCCACCGCUCUGGGAGCUGAUCUUCGUAAUGAUUCCGGGGCUAUUACUAGGUCCUAGGGCUCGUGAGACGCUGGAAAGCGCCUUUGGGAUCUCAACGGAUUGUGGUUUGGGAAUUGUGGCUCGAGUUCGGAAUCGUGCUGCUAGUCUCGUGGGCGGACAGUUGGUCCCUGCGGGAUACUCACCGGAUGGGGAAGGUUUGAUCGGGGGAUUGUGGAAUUCCGGGAAUACCUGUUACCAGAACUCGGUUUUGCAGGCUAUGGCUUCGCUCUCGCAUCUCAAACCGCAUCUCGCGUUGCUCUCGCUCUCGGAACUGGAGGAUGGGCUGACGCCAUCCGGGGCUCUUAUCUCGCUAAUCACCGACCUCAAUACGCUUACCUCUGGUCCCCGCGCGUCUACACCUUCGCCGAUUAUCGUACGGGGGACGGAUAAUUCCGGAUGGGUUUACAACGAACAACAAGAUGCGCAGGAGUUUUUUCAGAAGCUUACGGGAUCUUUAGAGAAGGAGGUUUCGAGGUUUCUGAGCCGGCGCAAGGAAAGUGCAGCGAGGGGGUUGGAAAGUGUACGGGAGUUGGAGGGAGUCGGCGGCGAGGAGAAGGCGCCGGUUUCGGGCGCUGACUCUGAUGUAACCGUUGCGAAGGACUUGCGAAGCCCUUUUGAGGGAUUGUUUGCUCAGAGAAUGUUCCCGCCGUUUUCGUACUUGAGCCUCACUAAGUUGCCGCACAAGUGGUCCUGUUCUCUGGAAGAGUGUCUAUCAGAAUUCACAGCAAUAGAGAAAAUCCCCGAAGUAGAUUGCGACAAAUGCACACUUUUGUCCCUCUGCAACAGACUCAAAAACUUCCUCGAGCCACCUGCCGGAUCCGAAACCUCAUCUCCGACCCUCCAAGAACCAACCAGGCUCGAAAUGCAACAGCGUCUCACUGCUCUCGCGCGAGCGAUAGAGGAAGACAACUUUUCCCCAAAUGUGCCCGGAGUAAAGAUCUCUCCAAAGCAGAAGAUCUCGUCGACAAAGACGAAACAAACCAUGAUUGCUCGUCCCCCGCCAAUACUAGUCCUGCAUUUGAAUAGGAGCCAGUAUGACAUAAUGACCGGCCUGACCGGCAAGAACCACGCUGUGGUAUCAUUCCCCGCACGCCUUGACCUUGGCAAAUCCGGAGCGGUCACACGACAUGAUACUGCAGGCGGAAGCUGGGGCCUAACCGUGGAUCCAGCACUACCCAUGUCCGGGCGUGUACCCAGAUGGGUGGAGAAACCCAUAGUAAGCCAGCAGGACUCUGGGAACGCCAAUAAGAUGCAACAAAAAGACUUCAUCCGAGAGAACGGCCCUGAGGGAGUCCUCUACGAACUAAAGAGCGUAGUGGUACAUCACGGCGGUCACCACAACGGGCACUACACUUGCUACCGGAAACUCCACAACACCUGGUUCAAAACUAGUGAUCACGAGGUCUAUGUCGUCGAAGAAAGUGCCGUCCUCAACAUUGGGAAAGUAUUCAUGUUAUUUUACGAGCGCGUGAAUAAUUUCCAUGGGAACGGGAGUGCAAAGUUCGGACCUAACUCUUCGGUGAGCGGUGGACCUGGUACAACGCUUGUUGCCAACAGCUGUGGUGGUGAGCCAGACUACGGCAUCGACGAGGACGAGCAGCACCCAAAGCCCAACGGCGCUACUAUAACCCCCGGGAAGGACUUCCCCCCCGGGAGUACUUCUUCCUCAUCUACGCGCAGUCCCGAAAUCACACCCCCCGCAAGUCCAAAAAACCCCCCGGAGCUACCCAUAGAGUCUAGCGAAGAUGCGCACACACUUGUGGAAGCGUAUCUUGCUGCACUGAAAACAUAUACUUCACUUCGUGGCACCAUAACAUCGACCCUUUCCGCCGGUCAGGUAGCACUAUCACAGGUGGAAACGGAUGAGUCAAUCUUCGAAACCCCUACGACGCCAGAAAAUGGUGUGGAGAUUGACCUGGGUACGGGCUUCCGGAUCCACACUUUCUCACCACCGGCAAUAACGGAGCCAGCGACAAAUGGCGUCCGCAAACGAAAAGGCGAAGACAAGGAAGCCUCCGCCAAUGAGUCUUCCACCUCUACUCUGUCCGCGCCAUUAAAAAAGGCGCAGGGGGGGCUCAUUUCUGUAACAGCAACAGAAACCAUAUCCUCCGCUUUGCAAACCCUACAGACCCUCGAGACACGUAUAGCUUCAGAUUCAGAAGCCUCAUCGCUGCUGAAAGGAAGGUAUAAACAACGGACUCAGGGAAUUGUAGCCUAAUAUUUCCCCCUAAUAUUUUUCUUUAUAAUGGUUUGAUUUUCAACAAUUAAUUUUUUAGUCUUUUUUUCUACCAUUCAAUCAACCACUUUUUGUUUGCCACUUACUUGGAUUUGUGCGGGCGCAUUGGGAUGGCGUUUUAGAACCUUAUUUUCUUUCUAUUUCUCUUAAUAUUCCUCCCACUGUAAAGUGGAGUAGAGAUUUCAUGCUUGCACUUUAUUCUUAUAGGGUAGUAAAUGGUAGGGCGCGGGUGUGCAUAUAUGUUAAGCGGGUAGUUGUUGAUUAUGACAAGGGAUGAGGGAAGGGCUGAGGGGAGAUAGAGAUGUGGUAAUGGGUUAACCUGUAAAAGGGGUGAGGUGGAAUUAAUUUAUGUUGUAAAUUUAGUGAUAUGAUGGAUUGUUUAGCAUAGCAUGGGGGGGGGAGAAGAUUUAAAU